AUGAUAAGCUCGCAGCAGGUGCUAGCUUGCUCGGCGGUCCCUGGAGUGAAACACAGGAAGUACAAGCUAAUUGCUGCAGGUGCUAAUGCCAGACAAGCAUGCAACCGGCUUAUCGAGAAAGACGAGAAAAUAAUAAGUCCCUCCUCUCUCCUCCUGCAGAUGGUGUACAAGCCGUGGCUGUGUUCUCAGUACUUCCAGAUCAACCAGUACCACUGCGCCAACCGCAUCCCGUGUAACCAGUACUGCUUUGAAGUGCAGCAGCGGUGCCCCUUCAUCCUGCCUGACAAUGACGAUCUCAUCCACGGAGGCAGCCCCAGUUUUGUAUGCACAGGGCUGCUAGAGGACUACCCCUCAGGUGUGGACCCGCGCUCCUACUGCUGCGACGUGCGGUUGGACUUGAGAGUGGAUAACCAGUCUCUGGGGAGCCUGAAAAGGACUCACCCGCCAUGCCAGCACCGAACCUCCCUUAGCUCAGCCGCGGCCUGCAGACUGUGUAACAGCCGCCUCAAACUUUGCCUGCUGGUCCUCGUCCUCCUACACACUGUUGCCAGCCUCACCGCAUCCCACAAUGCAACAGGACUGGGCCUCCCCAGCAUCACGCCUCUGGAGGAGAGCCCUGCCAAUGAGGAGUGA